AAUGUCAUCAUCAUUACAUACACAAUUACAACUCUACAAGUGUUGUUACUUGUUAUUGAUGAGCUUCAGUUUGAGACCAAAGAAAGAAACAGGGGAAAACUACUAGCUAGCGCUUGAUGAAGUCUUGUUCCACAAUGGAUAUUGAUCCAACGGAUGCUUGCUCAAACUGGCUCUUUGAUUAUGGAUUGGUUGAAGAUAUCUCCACCGUUCCGUUUCCGCCGUCCCCGACCAUUGCGUUUAGCUGGCCGAUCAAUUCUUCCUCUAUUGCAUGUACUGAGAUUGACUGCUCACCUGGGGAUUUUGAAGGGAUCAAGGAAGCAGCUUCACGAAAGCGGCUCAGGUCAGAUGGUUGCAAUCCGGCAUCUGGCUCCAAAGCAUGUCGUGAGAAAUUGCGAAGAGACAGACUGAAUGAGAGGUUCAUGGAAUUGGCUUCCAUACUGGAGCCUGGAAGGCCAGCCAAAACUGACAAGACUGCUAUCCUAAGCGAUGCUGUCCGGAUGGUGACACAGCUACAAAGUGAAGCCAGGAAGCUUAAAGAAUCAAAUGAGGAAUUGCAGGAGAAGAUUAAAGAAUUAAAGGCUGAAAAGAAUGAGCUUCGUGAUGAGAAACAGAGGAUAAAGAUGGAUAAAGAGAAGCUGGAGCAGCUUGUCAAAUCCUUUGGUACACAACCAGGCUUUUUGCCCCACCCCUCCACUUUGGGGGCUUCAUUCUCUCCUCAAGGACAAGCUGCUGAUAACAAAUUGAUGCCUUUUGUUGGAUACCCUGGCCUUGCUAUGUGGCAAUUUAUGCCGCCUGCUGUAGUUGACACAUCACAGGAUCAUGUGCUCCGUCCACCAGUUGCUUAAGUGGAAUGCUUAAUAAAUGGUUUGAUGUCCCUCACUCGAUGUAUUGUUGUCUUCUCUUUCAUGUCAUUGAACUUUAUAUUUUGGGAUCUGAAAUGUGUAAACCUUACUGUCUGAACAGUUUAACAUUCACUGAUUGCAUGUGGUGUACAAUAAGAUGUGAUUUUGUUUUGUUUAA